CGAUUCUAUGCUUGAUGACAUUGGUAGAAAGAUAUGAUUGAAAUAAUUUCGAAAUCAUCGUAGCGAGAAAAUAUGACUAUCGCUUUUGCUAGAAAAAACAUUUUAUUUGUUCUUUCUGGAAGCCGUUGACGUUUCACUUCUGUAAAAUAUCAUUGUUUAUAUUUGUUCACCAAAUGUUUUUACGUUUUAUGUUCCGAAGUCUAAAUAAAAAACAAUAAAAGAAAUAUCCGUGGAUGUGUUUUUUGAUCGUGAUACCAAGAUUGCUUCACGAUGGACGGUGACGGUGCUAGUGUGGCGGCUCCUAUAGAUUUCAUUACCCAAUUCCACAAUCUAGAAGGCGAUUUAAUUGGAGAAAGAAAGAAAAAUCUCUUCAAACUCAUUCUAGAUCUGUCAUCUUCAAAAAAUGAGGAACAACUGAAUAAUGUAGUGGAAAACCUCAAGCCCACAAGUUACUUGGAAAAUUUAUUUAGAUUAGACAUUUUGAUUCACUUCAAGAAGACAACGGAACUUGUAAAAGUACUUGAACAGGGUAAUGAAGUUUUCAUAAGCAAGAUUUUGAAGCAGUUUUGGUUCAUCGAUGAGGCGUUCAGGGAUAUAGAUGCCAAAAUAUUUGUUAAUGAAUUUCUGCCUAGUUUGUCCUACGCAAUACGAAUGAAACUAGUGAAAAAAGUUGCCAAAUGUUGGAAUGAAACUCAAAUUGAUGCCUUGUUCGAUUCUUUCAGUGAAAGGUAUGGCAUAUUCUUAGCAACAACCAUUUUGCACAAGUGCAGCUCCAACAAAAUCAAAGAAAUCUUAAAUGAAAAUGAAAUCAAGCUAAAACCAGCGCAAGUUAAAUAUCUUUUCGAUAAAGACGAAGAGAUAUUCAAGUUUUAUUUGGACUACAUUCAUUCUUCAACUAACUGUUCUUAUCAGGAGACCAAAGUAUUGAACCACGUAGCUCUGAAAAAUCCCCAGCUCCUGUUGGAGCUCCAGAAAAAUAAGAAGAUUCGUGUUUCGGGUUUGGGAAGAAGAACCAGCAAGAGAAUCAUAAAGCUUGUUAAAGAUGAUAUACCUCGAGAUGUUAAAAAAUAUGUGAAUAUGUUGAAUAACGGUGUUAUUGUUCGAAAGUUAGGAGGAAGUUUUGGGAAAGUUUACCAAGAAUUGCUUUCAAAGAAAGUCGGUAAUAUCACCCGAUAUAAUAUUCACAGCAGGAUGCUGAUUCAGUAUCCAAAAAAAACAAGAUGGAGUUUUUUUUGCGACUCAUACUUGAAAGUUUUUCCGAGUGAUAGCGUCGAAGUCAUCCUCUCAGCAUUUGAUACUUUUUUAUUAGAUCUAAACCCUGGCAGAGAGAUAAUCAAAAAAUGGGCUCUAAUCAAUUACAAUUCGAAUAACGGUGACCAUUUUUUGAAAUAUUUUGAUCCGUCUGAAGCUAUUCCAAUCAUAAAGGAAAAAAUCAAUGUCACUUCUGACAUUUCAAACAGGACAACUUUGGUCAUGUUAUUACUGGAUUGUUGUUCUACAAAUAAUGAUUUGAACUCUCUGGAAGCAGUGCUGAAAUAUAUUUGUUUCAGGCAUCGAAAUGAAGACUCCAACUUCAGACAAAGGGUGAUGAGCCAGAUAACCUCAAAUUUCAGGCUCGAUGACUUCAACGAGAACCAUUGGAAGUAUAUCAAUGAGCAGUUGAAAAUCGACAGGGUAAAAAAAGAAUUCAUCUUCUGGAUGAAUUCCACCAUUUUGAAAAAACAUCUAGAGUUUCUUUUUAAGAACGGAAAAGACCACAAAGACGCUCUAGUUGAAUAUAUUAAUGACGUCGUUGAUUCGGAUAAUGACUUCGACUUGAGUUUGGAAAAUCCGCCUGUAGAAAGAGAAAUUUUAAUAGAUAUCAGUAACUGUGUGUUGGACGUCAUUAAGGGUGAAAAAGCUGAUAAAACAAUCAAGACUGUCAUAGGAAACGUCACCGAUUUCAGUAUGAAACAUGCCCAGUAUUGCAUAAAAUAUACUGAAUGCCCCAUGUUGCUCUCUGCUAUUCGAUCAUGUUUUUCGAAAAAUGAAAAUUUUGAUGUUGACGACAUCGUCGUAGUUCGAAAUGUGUUGCUAUAUAAUUUGAAAUUUCCACAAAACCCUUUCCCUAUUGAUAACUCCAGGCUUCUUGAAGUAUUUGUGUUGGUUGCCAAAGAAGGCGGAAUUAAUAAGCUGUCAAACAUCUUUCGUGAACGGCUCCUCAAGAAGAAUCGUUCUGAAUUCGAAAAUAAAAUUUUGAAUGAAUACUUGGAGAAAUUAUUAUAUGACCACCUUCAGCGUUACAUCAUUCUCUGGUUAUUGAAAAAUGAACCUAGAAAACUGCUUCCGCAUUUCGAUAACAUACUUGAGAUAGACAAUUCAGCAGUGGAUAGUAAACUAACCAAACUUUAUUCGCACUUUGAGUUUGACAAAAAAGCAAUCAAUUUUUUCAAGAAACAAUUGGAGUCGAAAAAUCGAAAUGAGAAUUUAAUAAUGGCAAAUUUGGGUGUACUUCUUUCCACUGAUGAUUUUGUAGCUUUGGCCAAUACAUUUUUGCCGAAAAAGGUCAAGGUUGAUUUGGAGGAUCCAGAAAUGAUGAAAGAUUAUAAAUUGCAAUGUGAACUCGCCAAGUUGUUGCAUAGAGUCCACGAGCCGCACAAAACGUUGCCGGUUGUAAUAAAGUUCUGCAUCGGCGAUUACCUGCAGUCAUCCUUGUCGGCCCUUUACGGCUGCUUUUAUCGUUCGCCGGAAAAAAUGUUGUAUCCCUACGUGGAGCAUCUGGCGACGAAGGCCGUGUCCGUGCGGAAACAUGCGAUUUUCCUCAGUUGCGAAGUACUCGAUACAAAUGAAGUAAUACGAGUGCUGAAGAACGCCAAACAGGUGAACGUGUCUGAUCAGAAACACUUAUUUUCAGCAAUGUUGAAAUAUUUCUGGAAGAAUCCUUCACAAGAACUCUUCAAGGUGGUCGUCGCCGGUAUCGAAACCAUUGACAAAAAUGAUACUGAAGCUAUGGAAAGCCUGGCUACUAACAUUAAAAUUCCCAAAAAAUAUAUGGCUGAAUACAUCGAGAAAUGCUGGAUUUGGUUUGAGAGCUUGAGUGAAAAAGGGGUGAACAUUCGAACAUAUUUAAAAGCUCUUUUAGAUUAUAUGUCUGAUGAUAUUGUGAAAUCUUUUUCUUCCGAAUUCGUAAAUGGGCUUCUAACCCGCUAUUUUGGCACACAAGAUGUGUCAAUAGAUAAGUUUAUGACUUUCACUAUGCAAGUCUUGAAACAUCGAGUGUUGGAACGUGACAACAAUUUCAAGGUGGUGUUCGGAAAGCUGCCCAGAUUAGACAAUAACGGCAUCACCACAUUCUUCACGUGUUUCAUAAACUCUUGCAGAAGUGAAGAAAGAGACAAAGAGUUUAUCGACACUUUUGUCCAAUACUGGAAUACUCAUUUUGCAGAUAUAGAUAUGUUCGAGGAGAAAAUCAGGCUGAAGCUGCUUCUAAUAGAGCUUGAUCAACAGUCUGGAAAGGAGUAUGCGCAAAAAGUUGUGUCGCUCCUAGAAGAACUUAAUUCUCUUUACGGUUCUCACGUCUUCAAUAUAUUUAGGGAUCAACUCUGCGAGUCCCUAGAAAACUUGAAAGAUAUUCAGAAAUAUUCUUUAUAUUUGGAAAUUUUGAAGUAUAAGUGCAAUCCUACCAAUUGCAUUUUGAUUAUAGAACUAAUGAAACAAAGUGUCGAACUUGGGGAUGAAAAGGAAAUUUACGAGGAAAUCAUGAACAUUUUAAGGGUCGUGGAUGAGCCUAUUGUGAAAAUUUAUUUCAAGUCACUUGUAAAGAAAGAAUGACUUUCCAACCUCCACGUUUCUCAACAUCAUCUACGGAUUUGGGAGAAAAAUUUUUGACUUCAUACAAUGACUGAACUGCCAUAAAUUUGUUCUCUAAUCCUAUUCAAGAUUGAUACAAAAACUUCACUCACUUUAGUUAGGGUUCAAGUAUAUAAGAGAAAGAGAUUAAGCAUUCACUAUGCAUUAUUCUCACCAUGAAUAAUUAUUAUUUUAUGUGUUUGUACAGUUGCUUUUUGAAAUAUAUAUUAGUAUUGGUGUAUUAAUUUUA